AUGUUCAACUGGAUCUGGCCGCAGAAGCCCGUCAAAGACAAUGUCGUCGUCAUCACCGGCGGGGCCAUGGGACUCGGGCGUCUGGUGGCGCUCCGUUUCGCCGCGUUAGGCGCCGUCAUCGUCAUCUGGGAUCUACACGCAGAUUUGGGUCAAGAACUGGUGCAGGAGAUCGAAGCUAGCGGUGGUAAAGCUCGAUUCUUUAUAGUGGAUAUGACGGACCGAGAGCAGGUAUACGCCACAGGGAAAGAAGUGCUCAAGGAGUUCGAAGCCGUCGAUAUCCUUGUAAACAACGCCGGUAUCGUCGGUGGCAGCUCCCUACUCGAGUCCUCGGACGCUAUGAUCGAGCGCACUAUUGCGGUGAACACCACGUCUCAUUUCUGGACCAUCAAGACGUUUUUGCCAAUGAUGAGCAAGCGGAACAAGGGCCACAUCGUGUCGGUGGCCAGUGCCGCCGGUAUCUUCGGGUCGCCUGGGAUGGUGGACUACGGAGCCAGUAAAUUCGCAGCCAUUGGGCUGAUGUUGAGUUUGAGACAGGAGCUUCACGCUAUGGGGCUCUUUGGAGUCCAUACGACUAUCGUGUGUCCGGGAUUUAUUACGACGGGCAUGUUCGAAGGGGUGAGGCCCCCACCUUUUACGAGAUGGCUGACACCUGAAUUCGUGGCCGACCAGAUCGUCAAGGCUGUGCGUAGGAACCAGUGGCGUGUGUUGCUGCCGUCCAUCUUGAGUGUCAUGGAGUUUGUGUCGACUAUUAUGCCCAUGUGGUUCGUGGACUGGUUCAUCCGCAUUACCAAGACGUCGCAGGCCAUGAAGAACUUCAAGCAGACACGCAAACACGCACUUAAGGAGGAGUAG